AUGUGUAUCUGUGGGGGGGGGGAUGUGUAUCUGUGGGGGGGGGGGUGGAUGUGUAUCUGUGGGGGGGGGGGGGUGGAUGUGUAUCUGUGGGGGGGGGGUGGAUGUGUAUCUGUGGGGGGGGGGGGGUGGUGGAUGUGUAUCUGUGGGGGGGGGGUGGAUGUGUAUCUGUGGGGGGGGGGGGGGGUGUGGAUGUGUGUGUAUCUGUGGGGGGGGGGGUGUAUCUGUGAGGGGGGGGGGUGUAUCUGUGAGGGGGGGGGGGUGGAUGUAUCUGUGAGGGGGGGGGGUGGAUGUGUAUCUGUGGGGGGGGGGUGGAUGUGUAUCUGUGGGGGGGGGGGUGGAUGUGUAUCUGUGGGGGGGGGGGGGGGGGGGGUGGAUGUGUAUCUGUGGGGGGGGGGGGGGUGGAUGUAUCUGUGA